GCGCAGGCGCACUAGCGCUCUCUCCUGGCAGUAAGAUGGCGGCUGUCAGAAUGUAUUCUGCUCUGUUGUCGUUUUUACUUUUCAACGUCUUCUACGGCCUCGUCUCCGCCCUGUACUUCCACAUCGGGGAGACGGAAAAGAAAUGUUUCAUAGAAGAAAUCCCAGAUGAGACGAUGAUCAUCGGAAACUAUCGGACUCAGCUUUAUGACAAACAGAAAGAGGAAUAUCUCCCGGCUACGCAGGGUCUGGGCAUGUUUGUGGAGGUCAAAGACCCUGACGAGAAGGUGAUUCUGUCUCGACAGUACGGCUCCGAGGGAAGGUUCACCUUCACGUCUCACACCCCCGGAGAACAUCAGAUCUGCCUUCACUCCAACUCCUCCAAGUUCUCCCUCUUUGCUGGAGGCAUGCUGAGGGUUCACCUGGACAUCCAGGUAGGCGAGCACGCCAACAACUACGCAGAGAUCGCCGCCAAAGACAAACUGACGGAGCUGCAGCUGAGAGUGAGACAGCUGGUGGAGCAAGUGGACCAGAUCCAGAAGGAGCAGAACUACCAGAGAUACCGCGAGGAGCGCUUCCGUCAGACCAGUGAGAGCACCAACCAGCGCGUCCUCUGGUGGUCCAUCGUCCAGACCCUCAUCCUGGUGGCCAUCGGCAUCUGGCAGAUGAAACACCUCAAGAGCUUCUUCGAGGCCAAGAAGCUGGUCUAAAUCCUUCACUGCGUGUAGAUGUAUGUAUGUAUGUAUGCAUGAUGCAUGUGUGUACAUAGGUAUGUA